GGGCACCAGUGUCUACAAUUUACAAUUUCAUCCCAACUCGUCUGAUCGACGAUGAGCAUCCUCACAGCCAUCGGUGAACCAGGCAGACCCGAAGGGCCUCUUUUCAAAGGCAUAGGAGAAAGGUUCUAUUCACCCGAGCGCCGUGUCGCUAAUGCUGUAUGGUCAGUGCAAAAGGCUAUAUUUUGAAGCUACCACUGGCAGCAGUUUUGGACAGUACUAGUAGACCAGAGAGCGUACGUUGUAAACUUGAACACGAGGACGAAACGUACCCAAUUGUGCAUGUCCUGACUCCGCGUCUAUGCCGGACCCGUCUUCCUAGACAGUAGCCAACAUCCAGAGCCGCAAAGCCGUGCAGUGUCUCCUCCAUGGGGAGGCCCUUCGGCGUCCGAACCUGAGCAGCGGGCGGCAUGCACGGCUGUUGCCGUCCAUGACCGAUGAUCGACAAACUGUUCGAUUUCUGGGACCUACGCGCAUGUCGUGUGAUGGCACCGAAUAACGGCGGGCACAUCAUGCCGCAGACUGCGAGUCAGUAUGCGUAUUAUGGAUUAAGCUGAAGAAUGAAAUAUGAUAUCACACUGCUCCGGUGCUGCCGGUGUCGUCCGUAGCCUCCCUCAGCUGUACAUAUCUAGCACGCCCCGCGCUGAGCAAUAUGACUAAGGCUCCUACUUCAGCACAACUGCGCUUCAACUGAGAGCCUUAUACAUUUCCAACCUGUUACCAGCUCACUAGUACUAUUGUUACUGUUACUUCUGGGUGAUACAGCUUUCUAGACUUCGGCGUUCGUCAUGGCAGACUAUCACAAUCCCGGCGGAUACCCUCCUCCGCCCAGCAGCGGCGGUUACAACAACUACCCUCACCCACCGCAACCGCAACAGCCACAUGGAGAGUACGGCGCGCCAGGAUACACGUCGUCGCCGGCAGUGACCCAGAGCCCGUACAUCCCCGCCUACCGGCCUCCGCAGGAAGACCAAUACCAGUACUCGCCACGUUCGUCCGGAUUGCAAGUCGGGCAAUACACUGGCGACGAGUACGCGUACAACCGAGAGCGAGAGCGCCGUAACUCAGGGCCCUGGGCGGCUAGUCAAUACCGCAGUAGUGAUGGCGGAUACUAUCCUCCUCCGCCUCGAUACGACGACCGGCCCACCUCUCGCGGCUCGUGGAAGGAGAGGGAGAGUGAGAGGUCAAGAGACAGGUCGAGAGACAGGUCAAGAGACAGGGGAGAGAAGAAGGACCACAGCACUGCAAAGGACAUAGGCGCAACGCUCCUUGGUGGUGUCGUUGGGACAUUGGCUGGACGAAAACUUGGACAUCAUGACGACCUUGUCACCGUGGCCGGGGCUCUGGCUGGCGCAUAUGCCGGGCACAAGCUGGAAGGGAAACGCGAGAAGAGCAAGGAAAAGAAAAGGGACCGCCGUAGGAGUCAAAGUUUCGCUCCUGGUGACUCCUACGAUGGCGAUUACGAUUACGAGCCGCGUCGCAGCGUCUCUCGCAGAAGAUCGGGAAGUAGGAGAAGAAGCGCCAGCAGCGGCAACAGCAGCAGUGACAGCGACGGCAGCAGGCGCAGGCACAGAAGACAUCAUCACCAUUGACGAGGACUUUCCGAACUUGAAUAUCGUGGGUUGAGGUUUCGAUCUAAUUGGAUGAGGAUGAUUUAUGAUUGUACGAUAACGACACCAUAGAUGCUGACGACGUGAUAAGUCUGAUGUUUGACGAUGCUGGUAUGUCAACACUCUGGCAGAGAAUAAUGCCGCAAUUGUGCAGUCUCUUCGCGCUAGAAGCACUACUCAGCCUUGCCCUGACCAGGCUGAACGCCUCCCUGGUGGAUCUGCCUCGAAUCCAGUCUCCGUACCGCAAUCCGGGGAAAUAGAGUGUGGCGAGAGAAGUACGAUGCGAGGACGUUGAACCCGUCGACACUUGCAGCUCGCUUAUGACAGGCUCAAGGGUUGUCCGAAGGCAGAACAAACAACACAUCAUUAGCCAUUCAGUAGUUUAUGCCUUUGAAAGGGCUAGGAGAGGAAGAAUGGCACCAGUGCGUUCUGUCUAAAUCCGGUAGGGCGAGAUUGUGAUUGAACGUUUGUACAGAGAGGACAGUAAAAAGCCUUAGGCCAGCCUUACCUGACCAUAUUCGCCCCAACCAGGGAAAAGCCACAGCAGAUCAGUUGAACGAUGACAUAUGAAACCUCCAGGAGGUGGCAAAAUCUCCCUUUGACAAACCAACGAGUCC